CUGACAAACCGGGUUGUUCAGGGUGUGACCCGAGUCUGUCUGUAUAAAAAUAACGCAAAAAUCCACAUCAGAACAGAAUCAUUUGGAUCAUCUGACAAAAAGAUAGAACUUGAGUCUACAGAGAUUUUCUCUGAAACCAACUAAGACCAACAAACGCUCUUACCUGAAGAAGAGAUUCCAGUCAGCCAGACAGCAAGCAACACCAGACCGAGCAGCAUGGAAGAAGAAGUUGUAGCUGAAGACGCCAGUUUCAGUCGUGAAGCUGAUGCAGAGGAAGUGAAUAAUGGCAGUUAUAGGAGUGAAGAUGAACCAGAUGAGGAGGGACAGGAGAACGAGGAGGAGAACGUGAUGGAGGAGGAGCAGGAACCACCUAUAAUAGAGCCUCAGGACCUGGAAAUUCCCACAACUAAAAGGGAAAGUGUAGCCGAACUGAAGAAACUCUGGGAGCAGCCCAGUGGACGAGAGAGCCAGAUCCACACGUCCACCAACACGACCUCAGAAAAAUCCUCUACUACACACAAAACAUCCUGUGAGGAAAUCACUACUUCCUCUAAAUCGGAGAAACAUGUCACUGGUUCGAGCAUCGACAAAUCAGAGGUCUAUAGAUUAAAACAGCUGAAUGAUCGCCUUUACAAAACGAUAACUUCCCUGAAAAAGCAGAACGACUCUCUGAAGUUUACGGUGGAGCGUCUGACAAGAAAGGAGAGCAGGAUAAGUUCCAUAUCAUUGGACGAGGAGAAAAGGGUUCUUGAGGAGAAGAACAAAAGUUUGCAGGAGAUGUUAACAGACCAAAGAGAAAGCCUGGAGAAGGAGAGGAAAAUUAGAAUCCAAGCAGAGGACAAACUUUGGACUUUGGAAAGGGAGCAAAAAGAGCUCAAGCUGGAAAACGAAGAACUGAAAAACAAAAUUACCAUAAAGGAGAAGACGAUUUCUCAAUUAACAGAGAUGCAUGAAAGGGAAGAGGAACAGACAUUGGAGACAAUGGAAAUCACUAGGAAAGGGGGCUUCAAUGUCGACACUGUUGAUGGUGUCGGGAUUGACGUGGAGGAAUUAAGGAAGAGGAUCUUCAAAAGUGCUGAAGAGAAAUUCACUGACAUUGAAAGGAAAUACAAAACCAAGGUGGAGAAAUUGACAAAGACAGUUACUGAGAAAGAAGCAGAACUCACUAAGGCCCGUGAGGAGAACUCUGAUCACACUCGUCUGAUUGAGGAUUAUGAAAUGCAGAUCUCGUUCCUCAAUGAAAGAUUAGCGAAAGCAAAGACACAACAUUCGAAGGAAAUAUCACGUUUAAAUAAAGAAAUCCAAAAAAGUAAAGAAGAGAUAAAGGCCAUGGAGGAAAAGAUAGAGUUUAAUUCUCAAACUGUUGAGGAAACCACCAAGGUGGAGAUGAAGUUGGACACAGAACUGAAUAUCUACGAGGAAUAUCUAGAUCUUAUGGAGGGCAGGAUUAAGUCACAUGAGACAGAAAAAUCCGCUGGUGGAGAGGAAAUCUUGAAAACCACAAAAAAGACUGAGAUGGAAACCAAAUAUUCCGAAGCCUACAGCCAUCAGGAGAGCCAUGAACAUCAGCAUACUCAGACAAGUGUUUCCCAACAUGAAGAAGCAGAGAAGCAAGGUAUGAGUUCCCCUGCUGGGGAUGCAGCUGAAUACUGA